AUGGAAACUACUUCCACAAUGUCCGAACAUCCGACGCGCUCCGUCGCCAUGGACCCGCCGCACGUUACCGAGUUCGCUUCCGAGCGGUACUUUGAGAAGCUCAGCCAGCUCAGCCAGCUCAGUGCCAGUCAACAGGCGCAGCAACGCCCCGAGGCGGGCGAAGCUUUGGCCGCGCCGGCGGCAUCAGCGGCAUCGGCGGCAUCGGCGGCAUCGGCGGCAUCGGCGGCACUAGCGGCACCAGCGGCUGCCGCCUCUUCCACCUUCAUCCUCCCGUUGCGAGAGACCAAGACUGUGGAUCCGGAGCGCAACAGGCAACCUGAGCAGAGGCGGGACAAGAGCCGCUUCUUCAGCUUCCGUCAAAAAGUCUCGCUGCUGCACUCGAAAUCGCAGCCGACCGAAGUUGAGACACCUGCUCGUCUUGCGAAAGCCUCAACCGAGCCCGCUCUCAAGAGGGUUCCCUUUGACCAAUCCUUCUUGGCACUGCCAAACGAGCUUCAGGUUCAAAUACUGUCCCAUCUCCCUCUUACCGACAUCCUCGGCCUCCGACUCGCCUCCAAGACCUGGCACACGUUGAUCACUCUGAACGAAGGACCCAUCGUCCGGCAUCACCUCGACACGCACGUUCCCGCAUAUGCCCUCCGCCUAUAUCCCGUUGCCGACCCGUCCGAGCUGAACCUUCACCAUCUCUGCAGCCUUUGGCACCGACUGCAUGUCGCGGCAAAACUGGCCUUCCUCAUGUGCGAGUGGAUCACCAAGGAGAUAUUCCUGCGGCAGACGGAAGCUCAGCAAGCUGCCUUUGCGCCCCAGCGAGAGCGCCUGCGCCGGCGGCUCACCCCCCUGCUCUUCACCACCUUCCACUUUUUCGAAACCUACCGCAAGCUGCACCUCAAGCACAUCUCGGAACACGGCGGGCACGGGUUGAAGCACGAGCCCUACACGCUGCACCCCAUCGAGGCCGAGAUCAUGAACACGUACGACGACCAGACCCUCCUGCGGGUUCACGAGGUGUUCCCCCUGGUGAUUUCGUCUUUUUGCCGGCGGCUUCGACCCCCAACCUACGUCGGCCGGGUGGAGAGAUCGCUGCGCGGGUACCUGCGAGAGCGGCCCUCGGACGAGAUGCAUUCGGCCAUUCUGUGCAUCGGCGGCCUGCGCCAGGUCGAGAGAUUGUGGGAGAUUAAGGGCUACAACAACCGCCGCGCGGCCGUCGACCGAUGGCUCGAGAGCCUGACCCGAGACUCUGCCAAGGACCAGCAGCAGCAGCAGCACCACCACCACCACCACCAGCACCAGCACCACCAUCACCACGGCCCGGAGCACUCGCCCGUAAAAUCCCGCCUGGGCCUGAAGGCGUUUGGCCGCAAACACGGGGACCGGCCCGCGCGCCGGCGCUCCUCCUUCAACGACGGAUCCAGCAAGACGCGGUGCCCGCCAGGGCCCGUCGCUUGUGACGCCGCCGCCGCCGCCGCCGCCGCCACCACCACCACCACCACCACCUCCACCACGGACGGCGGACACGACCCCUGCUGGGUGUUCCACACGAGCCUGGCGGCCGACGUCCCCAUGCCGCCCCUGAGCCGCGAGAAGGCGCAGACGCUGCUCGACGACGUGCCGGUCCUGCAGCACAUCUGGCUCACCACCGCCGAGGCCGUCAUCCUGGACCGGGGCAUCGUCAGGCGGCCCCAGGACAUCAAGCGCAACCAGCAGGUCAUGCUGGACCUCAUCCGCGAGGACGGUCUCGACCAAGAAGACGAAUGGUGGUACGGGCGGAGCAACCCGGCCUCGAUCCGGCCGCCAGCCAGCGCCAUGCACGACGAAGCCGACUGA